UUAAUAGUAUAGAUAUUCUGGUUAUCAUAUUUAGAAUACAUGUGACCACUCAGUCGCUCAUACAAUCCAAACUCAUGAUAUUAUUCAUUACUAAUAAAUUAAUCUUUUCUUGAUUGGUUUAGUUUAAAAUUAAUAAAUCUUAUUACUACAAAACAGUUUAUAGAUUUGUCUAUAGGUAUUUUUCUUUAGAUGCCAAAAAUGAAAAGAUACUUUAAUUUAUUAAUACAACUAUUUUUUGUCAACAAGUCUACUUCAUUUUGUUUUACAAAAAAAAAAAAAGUCUACUACAUUUUUUGGUUACUACUGGUUUCUCUAAUCUCUUACUUAUUUGUUAGAAGCUAUCAAAACCAUUUCACCACACUAGCUAAAACUUGGCUACAACCGGUUUCUGAACAAUAAUUAUGGGUAAAUGACAACUCUAUGAGCUAAAGUUAAGAUAUGAAAUCAAUUUUGAAAAUUAUUGGACGUAAGAAAAAAGCAAAAGCCAGUAAAACAGUUCAAAAAGUAGAGGUUUCACAUUUAUUAUGACACCUAAUAAACAUGUAAGUACAAAAUCUUAAGGCAGUAAUUUUUGCCUUUUUGUAACUCCCAACUCCUACUUUCUGACACACACAGCAUAUCAUAUCUUAACCCAAACCAAAGCCUAAAACCAAGUUUUAUUUACUCAAAACUCUCAAAAACAACUAUUAGAGAGAAAGAAAAACAAGAGAUGCAGAGUUCUUGUCUCUACAGAGAAUGCAUGCGCAACCACGCGGCCAAGCUCGGCUCUUACGCUGUCGAUGGCUGCCGCGAGUACUCUCAACCAUCCACGGGAGAUCUCUGCGCCGCCUGUGGUUGCCACCGGAGCUACCACCGUCGCAUUGAAGUACAACCUUCUGGUCAAGUUACUCGCGCGCGGUUCCCUUUCACGAGCUUGAGGCGCGUGAAGCAGCUGGCGAGGCUGAAAUGGAAAGCAGCUGCGGAGGACAGAGAAGAGCAAGAAGAGCAGGAGGAGGAGGACACGGAGGAGACUUCUACGGAAGAGAGGAUGACAGUGAAGCGUCGAAGGAAGUCGAAAUUCACGGCGGAGCAAAGAGAGGCGAUGAGAGAUUACGCGGCGAAGCUGGGAUGGACGUUGAAGGAUAAGAGAGCGGUUAGAGAAGAGAUAAGUGUCUUCUGCGAAAGGAUUGGUGUUACUCGUUAUCUUUUCAAGACUUGGGUUAACAAUAACAAAAAGUUUUAUCACUAAUCAUUAACUAAAUCCUUAGUUAAAAGUAGCAUAAUUCUAGUUCCAUUUCGUUUUCACUCCUAAUGUUAUUCUUCUUGUCAUCCUUGAUGUUCUUAUUUUAAUGCAAUAAUCUUGUUACUAUUACUAGGAGUUUAUUGCGUGUGUUUUUAUUUAAUGAUGUCCUUAAUUACUA